AUGGAUGCUUAUAAUUGUAGGAGGCCUCUCAAAUUGCAUGAGCUAUUAGAAGAGCUUGAUUCUGAUGAAAUCCCAGUCCCUCCAGAUGGUUUGAUCAUAUUUACCCCAGAAAAUGCCAAUGAUGAUGUCACCGAUUGCGACUCCGGCGAUGAAGAACUAACUACAAUAAAUAAUUUACCGGGUAGUCAGUUGAGAAACGAUGUAGAACUUGUUUUUGACAACGCGACUGAAUUACCACAAGAUUCUGUGAAUUCCAGCCUACCAGAAGAAGAUUCGGAUGAUGACAAUAUACCAUUGGCUUUGUUUCUUUCCAAGGAAAAGCUGCCCCAUCAAUUAGAGAAAAGAAUAUCUGCACACUGGAUUCAAGGAGACUUGUAUCAACACCCCGAUUGUACUUACUGGAAAACUCAAUUUGGACCGAAAAUGACUCAGUCGCCGAUGGAAAUUUUCAAUUUGUUUUUUGAUGAUGAAGUCAUCAAUUUGGUUACCGAAUACACUAACAUCUACGCAGGACAAAGAAAUCUUUUGAACGACAUUACUCAAAAUGAGAUUCGAUGUUUUAUAGGCGUUCUUGUAUUGAGUGGUUAUGUGCUUGUGCCGAAAAGGUACAUGUACUGGGAAAAUCGUGACGAUUCGCACAACGCAAUGGUGGAAUUUACUGCUCAACAGAGAUUUGAACCAGAAGAGAUCAUAAAGCUACCAACAAGAAAAUUGUUGAACUUCGUUAAGGCAACAGAACUUUUUAGAGUUCAAGAAAAAACAGAAGGUGGGCACAAAGGCCUUACUUGUCCCAGAGACUAA